AUGACAAACGCUUCAGUGUCUUCACCUGCAGACGCUGCAGCAGCAGCAGCAGCAGGAGCAGCAGCAGCAGCAGCAGCAGGAGCAGCAGGAGGAGUAGGAGCAUCGAACGACUCGUCGAUUUCCGCUUCUUCUUCAGCAGCAGAAGCAGCAGCAGCAGGAGCAGGAGCAGCAGCAGAUGGGGGCGAGGGUAUCCCUACGAAUUUCCUAGCACAGAUUAUGCAGCAAGACUUAUCUACAAACAAAUAUAAAAGCAUUAUUACUCGUUUUCCUCCCGAACCAAACGGAUAUCUUCACUUAGGUCAUGCGAAGUCUAUUUGCAUUAAUUUUGGCCUUGCAGCUAAAUUUGGUGGGCACUGUAAUAUGCGUUUCGACGACACAAACCCCACAAAAGAAGAAACCAGAUAUGUGGAGGCAAUUCUUCGUGAUGUGCGUUGGCUUGGCGGUGAUUGGGGCGAAAAUUUGUUUUUUGCUUCGGAUUACUUUGAGCAGUUAUAUGCCUGGGCUGAGGUUUUAAUUAAGAAGAAUAAAGCCUUUGUAGACUUCGACUCAUUAGAGGACAUACGUCGAAAGAGAGGCAGCAUAACGGAGCCAGGCAUAGACAGCCCUUACAGGAACAAAUUCACUGUACAAGAAAACCUACAACACUUCAGAAAGAUGAGGGAUGGGGAGUAUGAAGAAGGCCAGUGCGUGCUAAGGGCGAAGAUUGAUAUGGCUCAUAAAAAUGUCGUUAUGAGGGAUCCGAUCAUGAUGAGGGAUGGGGAGUAUGAAGAAGGUCAGUGCGUGCUAAGAGCGAAGAUUGAUAUGGCUCAUAAAAAUGUCGUUAUGAGGGAUCCGAUCAUGUAUAGAAUCCUUAAGAAAGAACACCCCAGAACAGGCAAGAACUGGGUUAUAUAUCCGAUGUAUGACUUUGCUCAUGGACAGAGCGACUCCCUUGAAGAAAUAACGCAUUCUAUUUGCACUUUAGAGUUUACAUUAAACAGACAACUCUACGAGUGGUUUCAACAAGAACUAGAAAUUAAAAAGACCAGACAAAUCGAGUUCGCAAGACUUAAUGUCACAUACACCGUCAUGAGCAAAAGGGAGUAUCUAGAUGAACGAGCGCCUCGCCGUUUUGCGGUGAAAGCUCCGCUGCUGGUCAAAAUUAGAAAUUUGCAAAAAGAAGAAAUGCUGUCGAUCCCAAACGAUCCCAAAAACCCCACAGCAGGACAUAGAGAGCUGCCGUUUACCGACGAGCUGUACAUCGAGUCCGAGGAUUUCAGCGAAAAUCCACCCAAAGAUUUUCAUCGUUUGUCUCCGGGUAAAGAAGUUCGUCUUCGCUCUGCUUAUUGGAUCAAAUGUGAAGAAGUGGAGAAGGAUUCUGAAGGCAAGAUAAAAGCUUUGAUUUGCAGCUACGACCCGCAAACCCUCAACUGCGGCUCAGCCCCAGACGGAAGAAAAGUGAAGGGGACGAUACACUGGCUACCCGCAAAAUAUGCAGUGGCCGCGGAGUUGCGUUUCUAUGAUCGUCUCUUUACAAAACCCUUACCCGAAGAAGAAGACCCCAACCAACCCGAGGGCAACUGGCGUCAAUGCAUAAACCCUAAUUCUCUCACAGUGUAUCGGGGCUUUGUGGAGCCCGAUGCUGCAUGCGAGGAGCAUUUCCCUCCUCAGCGUGUGCUGCAGUUUGAACGCUUAGGGUAUUUUACAGCAGAUGCAGAUUGUGAAUAUGUUCUAGAACAAGGAAGCUUCGGGGCUGCAUGCAACAGCAGCAGCAGCAGCAGCAGCAGCGGCAGCAGCAGCAGCAGCAGCAGCAGCAGCAGCAGCGUGGAUAGCAAACCCCAAAACCAUAAACCCUUCUUCAAAGAUGCGCGAGAUUUUAAGAGGCCUCCAGGGUCUAUGCCUGUGUUUAAUUUAACAGUGGGUUUAGUAGAGAGCUAUACAGCAUCAGCAGAUAAAGAAGAGGAAAUGAGAAGAAAUAAACAAAGAGAAGCAGAAGCAAGAAGAAAAGCAGCAGAAGAAAGACAAAGAAAGAAAGAACAAAGAGAAGCUGCACGCUUAGAAAAACAAAAAAGACAAGAUAAAUGUGUUCAGGUGUAUCGGGGCUUUGUGGAGCCCGAUGCUGCAUGCGAGGAGCAUUUCCCUCCUCAGCGUGUGCUGCAGUUUGAACGCUUAGGGUAUUUUACAGCAGAUGCAGAUUGUGAAUAUGUUCUAGAACAAGGAAGCUUCGGGGCUGCAUGCAACAGCAGCAGCAGCAGCAGCAGCAGCGGCAGCAGCAGCAGCAGCAGCAGCAGCAGCAGCAGCGUGGAUAGCAAACCCCAAAACCAUAAACCCUUCUUCAAAGAUGCGCGAGAUUUUAAGAGGCCUCCAGGGUCUAUGCCUGUGUUUAAUUUAACAGUGGGUUUAGUAGAGAGCUAUACAGCAUCAGCAGAUAAAGAAGAGGAAAUGAGAAGAAAUAAACAAAGAGAAGCAGAAGCAAGAAGAAAAGCAGCAGAAGAAAGACAAAGAAAGAAAGAACAAAGAGAAGCUGCACGCUUAGAAAAACAAAAAAGACAAGAUAAAUAA